ACUAAGCCAAGCGCAGUUCUCAAUACGCAAAACAUCGAAGAUAAUCAAUCCUGAUAGCUACAGUUAAUAAGCAUCGAAGGUAAUCGAGCUUACAGUUUGAUUACAGUAACAGAGCAUCGAAGCUAAUCAAGCUUACAGUCGGAUUACAGUAACAGAGCAUCGAAGACAAGAGAAGAAAAUGGCAGUCGUUACAGUUGAUGAUGUGCGCUCAGUGAUCCAUUCCUUUUUGGAGAAGAUCACAGAGGAGCAAUGGAUACUGUUGAAGGAAGGAACUCCUGAUGAUGCCACAAUGUACCUGUUGGCAGAAAUGAUCACAGAAUUCAUCAUAUCCAUUACAAAUACAAUAUUGGCGAAUCUACGGAGCAAAGAUGCGGACGUCUGUAAGGAGGAGCUUCUCAAUAGCCUGAACGAAACUCUCCAUCAGAGUUUCGUUCAGGCUCUGGAGUUUACGGAGGAAAUGCAGUCAGUCAGUUCAGAGAGCUUAACAAAACUAAUAGCAAAAGAGGUUGCUGAGAGCGUCAACUCAGCCCUCUCUGCUUCUACUGACUCUGAAAGUAGAGAUUUUGUGGUUCCUCAUGACAAAGUCGGUGGCUUUCGUGUCACACCAUCCCGCAGACUGAACACAAUGGUUGGUCAUGCAAGCGCUGUGCUUCGUGACUUCAUGACCAAAGUGAAAAGUCUGUGCCCACCUCAGCCACGUCAGUCAAGGUCAUAUAGGGCCACCGAUGUAGAAAACACAGACAAAGAGGAUAUGGUACCACCAAUGGAGUCUCCAGAGCAUGAGGAUGCAGAAAUAGAAGAUCUGGAGACUUCAGAUAAAGAAAUGGAGGAGGAUAAAGUAGAGAGGCCCGACACUGGUGACCGCCUAGAGUCACCAGUGAAAAGUGAAAGGCAGGACACACCGGAGAAGAUGGCAUCGGAAGACAGCUUUCUGGCUCAAACCAGUAAAGCUGUCCAAGAGAUAAUCAGACAAGAGCUUUACGAGUUAACAGAACCUGUACUACAUACAGUGGAGGAGUCUGAAUAUGAACUCCUGCAAUCUGAUUUCUCUUUAGAGAUUGAGGUUAUAGGGGACGACAUAUCUCAGAUUCUUACGGAAGAGGCAAAGAGUCUACAACAUUCUGAAACUGAGAGUCCGAGAGAAGAAAAUAAUCUGAAGAGCAAGAUCAAGACACUUUUUGCUAAGCUGUUUGCCAAAUCAUUGAUUCAUCGUAUGGUGGCACAGCUGAAGUCCAAAUACCAUAAAAUCUUCAAAGGUAAAGGCAGACACUCAGCGCAGUCCCUCAGGUCUAGUGUUGAGUCUCUGCUUCUGGAUGAGUACGACAUUACAGAGGGUGGAAAUGAGGUUUCUGUGUUUCGGCAGUUAGAGAUAAUCUCCAGUGGGAAACAUCUGGUUUUCACAAAAGAACUCAGCGAUCUUGUCUACAAUCACAUCAAAGAUGGGAUGGUGACGACCGAGAUUGUCCCUGAGUCAGUGAGGAAGAAGUCCAUAAGAAAGACUCUUAAAGAGCACUAUGACGCCCUGUACAACGAUGUAGGCAAUAGAGUGAAGUGUUUUCUCAGCCUGAUGAAUUGGUGGCUUAAAAUGAAGGUUGGCAGCUACUGCAAUAGGGUUGUACUUGCUCUUAAGAACACCAAGAUAUUCUCACGAAUGCCCCCAACAGAAGUCACAGCAGAGGAGGAUGCAACAAGGUCCGAGGAGCGAGACACUGAAUCUGAAGAGGAUGCAGCGCUCAAGAAAAGGUACAUAGCUGUUAGCGUGCUCGUUGAGAAGCUGGUGUAUCGUGUCCUCACCAAAACAAAGAACACUAUUAUGAACGCAGAGGCCCUGACUCGCCACAUCAUCAAGAAGACGUGGGCGGAAGUUGAGACUCUAGAUUUUAAGGUAACGGAAAAAACUAUAAAAAACAUCGACAAGGCCAUUUUCAAGGAUUUGUGCAAGGUCUGGAAGAGUGCAGACAUGGUGGUGAUAUUAAUGAAAUCAGGGGAUCCGCUAAUAGAAAAAUACAUAGCCGUGUCUUUUAAAUCUCACCUGACGCUGAAAAAGCCCAGCACCAUCCACCGUUUCUUCUCCUGUGUACGCAGGGUUUUGGCCGAGCCUUUUCUGAGAAUUUUUGUAUAAUAACAACUGCCUUCAUCUUGAAGGAAAAAAGAAUAAUGGAGGUUUCUCUUUUUUCCUUCAAGAUGAACGCAAGAAGUUAAGUCCCACCUCACAUCUACCUAUCUCCUCAUUAUCACGGACUCACAUCUACCCACCUCCUCCUCCACUGGCCUCCAUCCUACAUUAUCACGGACUCACAUCUACCCACCUCCUCCUCCACUGGCCUCCAUCCUACAUUAUCAC